AUGCCCCAAGCUGUCGGUAAAGCUGCGUUCGGUAUCGCUGAUUUUUUACGUUACAAUGAAGUGUAUUUCGACUCUUCUGAACGGACGUAUGGCACGACCAAUUCUCCAAAUUAUUCGGUGAAACCACUGACCAAUGUCGUGGGGUUCAAACUCCUUGACGCCCAAAUUCCGUUCUCGUAUUACGUGUUUCCCGAGGGUCGCAACACGUUCCAGCUGUACGAACCGGCUACCGACGCCACAACGACCGUCACCAUUCCGCCUGGAAAUUACACGCCUUCGUCGUUCGUAGCCGUACUGCAGACCGCCUUGGAAACGGCUGGUGACGCCGAGUACACCGUCGCCUUCUCCACUCCCACGGGCAAAUUCACGAUUACGUCCAGCGUGGCUGAACCGUUUGCGGUCACAUUUGACUUUGACGGGCCAGGGCCGUGGAUCGGGUUCACACAUGCAGCCACGUUUACGGCCUCGGCGGGCGGUGUCUUAGUCGCUCCGUUCGUGGCACGACUGAGUGGGCCUGAUUACAUCUAUGUCUGCUCCCAGUCCCUUGGGUUCCUCAAUUACAAUACGUUGCGGCUCGGUGACGCCUCGACGUCCGGCGCCGUGGUCGCUAAAAUCCCUGUGACGGUGAAUCCAGGUGGGGUCAUCACAUGGACGGACCCAGACCCAACAAAACUGUUUGAAUGUGAUGUGGGCGUGUUGGAACGUGUGGAUUUGUAUGUGGCCGCUGGGGGCGAUGUGACCACUCCACUGGAUUUCAACGGUGCACCGUUUUCCUUGAAAUUUAUGUUUGUCACGUCUGACGAUAUCUAUGUUAAACGUGGCGCUGGGGAUACAUUGGGAAAUCCGACCAAGCGGAUGAUGUUUUCGAAUUGA